AAAUAGAGCGGGGAUCAAUUUUUUGUACGAAGCAACGGUUUUAUAGCCAUGUGGUCAUGCCUGUAGCAAGCUCGAAUGUAAUGUACUGAAGAACUUCGCUGUGCCUUUGAAAGAGAAUUGAUUAUUUACUUCGACGAACGCGACAGUAGUGCUUUGCGAUAUCGGUACCUUUUUUUUCCCUCCCUCGCUGGUGUUCUGUCAGCAGUAGCGCUUCGCUUGACGUAAUAACAUUGAGCUACCUCGUUUGACAUGCUUGAUGUGUCGGACGUUCACAUAGAUGCUUCCAGCGUUUUGGAUGUAAAAAAAACGUUGUCUAACAACAUGAUAGAUGUUAGAGCGUGCAAUAAACCAGUAGAGAAGUUGUGAGUACUUUGCUUGCUCCCCCCAGUAGUAUGUUGUUCUAACGCACUUGGCAGUCUAGCAAGAGCGUGUGGAUACAAUGACAAACACACAGCUGUGGUUUCGUGGUGUGCGGAGCUCCAAGUUCCGCCACGUGUACGGAGCCCCAGCGAAACGCGAGCACUGCUACGAAAACAUCAAGAUAACGAAAAAUGCACACGAUGGCCAUUUCUGCGCAGUCAACCCGAAAUUUGUCGCCGUCGUUACGGAGGUUGCAGGUGGGGGCACUUUUGUUGUGCUGCCAAUUUCUGAGACUGGUCGCUUGGAUUUUAAUGCCAGCAGGGUAACAGGCCACAGGGGUCCUGUCCUCGACAUUAAGUGGAAUCCUUUCAACGACAACAUCAUUGCAUCAUGUUCUGACGACUGCACGGUGAAGCUGUGGUACAUACCUGACAAUGGAUUGGCCACACACCUCUCCGACUGGAUCGUGGACCUGCAUGGGCACAAACGCCGUGUCGGCUAUAUCGAGUGGCACCCGACGGCAGAGAACAUCCUCGUCAGUGCAGGCUUUGACCACCUGAUGAUUGUCUGGGACGUGGGGAGCGGCGAUGCGGUAAACGUGAUAGACUGCCAUCCCGACGUCAUCUAUUCCAUGUCGUUCAACCGUGACGGCUCACUCAUCGCAACGACGUGCAAGGACAAGAAGCUCAGGGUCAUUGAGCCACGGAAAGGCAUAGUGUUUUCGGAAGGGGUAUGCCACGCAGGUACCAAGGCAUGCAAGGCGGUGUUCCUGGGCAACACGGGCCGCAUCCUGACUACGGGCUUCUCCCGCCACUCGGACCGGCAGUAUGCCGUGUGGAGCCAGAGCGAUCUGUCCCAGCCGCUCUGCAUAGAGACCAUCGACAGCUCCUCGGGGGUGCUGUUCCCCUACUACGACCACGACACCCGUGUGCUGUUCCUCGCAGGCAAGGGAGAUGGCAACAUCAGGUACUACGAGGUGGUUGACCAGGCCCCAUGGCUGCAUUAUUUGAACCAGUUCCUGUCUGGAUCUCCCCAGCGUGGCUUGGGAUUUAUGCCAAAGAGAGGCUGUGAUGUUCACCAGUGUGAGAUUUUCCGGUUCUACAAGCUUCAUGCAACAAAGGGGAUGUGCGAGCCAAUUUCUAUGAUAGUACCUCGCAAGAGCGACCAGUUCCAGGAUGACCUGUACCCGGACACGGCAGCUCCAACACCGGCGCUCUCUGCCCAGGAGUGGCUGAGUUUCAAGAACAGGAACCCGGUGCUGAUGUCAAUGAAGACAGGUGAAAAGUCAACAAAAGCCGCCGAAGACACAGUGUGUCCUUUCCAGGACUGUAAAGGUGUGACAGUACACACGCACAAACCUCGAGUCCGUCAGCCGCGGGACAACGUGCUCCCCAUGGCUAACAACAACAACAGCCGCAAGUUUGCCUUCCUCUCCCAAGAGACGGUGCCAGAUUACCGGCCCAUCGAUGUUAAGGUUAGCCCUCCUACAGAGAAGAGCCAGAAGACGGAAAGCAACCAAACCACAAAAUUCCAGCAGCUGCAACAGAUGUUUGCAAACAGAGCAUCUGGACAGGUCAGUACGCAAAGCAACCAAACCACAAAAUUCCAGCAGCUGCAGCAGAUGUUUGCAAACAGAGCAUCUGGACAGCCAAAUAAUAACUUGUUGAAUGAAGAAUACAAGCGAUCGUCAGAGGAGAGGGAUGAAGUUAUCGCUUUGGAUGGAAGUCCAAAGUCUCAAAACCAGUUGCAGCGGGCGUACUCUCGGCAGUGCGAAGAGCUCAAACUUCUCAAAAAGCAGCUGGCAAACCGUGAGAGGCGCGUCUCAGAGCUGGAAGAGGAAGUGCAGCGGCUGCGCAAGGCACUCGGCAAGUAGAGACGUGCAGCAAGGAGCUGUGGAUCGGAAGCUUUCGAUGUUACCAGGGGGGGUCCCGGCGAUCCCCUGCUUACUGUUUUUAAGCUGUUUUAACACUAUUUACAUUUUAUGACCUAGCUUUGACUAGGUGAAGAGGCAAUUGACUGCAUUAGCUUAUCGACGUUCCUGUCACUAUUACGCGGGCUGUUUUGUAAGUGCUGAAGAUCAGUGACAAAUGUUGGGCACUUAAACAGAGCUACAUUCUGCUUCUCACACGUUUUGGAGGAAGCUAGCAGAACAUUGCCAGCAAAGCCAUAUUCUCGGUGCACGUGCGCACACAAUCAAUCAGUUCGAGAGUAGUGUAAUGUCAGUAUUUCGGCGAUAUUCCUUGCUGUGUUGCUUUGCUGUAACAAAGUUUCUUAUGAUAUGCAAGUAACUGUUCUAGUAUUACAUUUUUGAUAACAGUGAAUUGAAAGAAGUGAGUCACAUCAUUUAUGUUAAUUUCUAACUCACUACACAUGGAGUAAAUUAAAAAUACUGUUUAAAUGUCUGUAUGAAUCAUAUGAAACAUUUUUUUGUAAUUUGUUUUUGCUAUUCAUGUCUUGACAUGUGGUGUCCUUUUCGUAUAGCGCCAGGAGUUCUGGAAGACUUUCUUGCCCCUUUGUAAUGAAAAGUUGCUUUGUAAUAAGUUACCAAAAUAGGAAUAAACAGUAAAAAUGUUUGUAGGUUACAUGUAUGAUGUGUAAUAUUAUUGGGAUUUAUUUCAUCUGUAACUAACAGUAUAUGCCUCGUACUAAAUUCAUACCAUUACUACUUGAUGUACUUAAAUAAAUUUGUACACAAGAUACCUAAAAGGAAAAAGAAACAACUGUGUUGGAAUAAAAAGUGUUGAAACUUGAAAGAUAUUAAGGAGAGGUACAGAAAGACAAUAGCUCUGUUAAUCUUAAGUUUUUGUUCAUGUAUUUAAACUCGAAUCAGUUUUUUCAUUACUUUUUUAUAAAGAACAAUUUAAAAAAAUCCACUUAAAGAUUUAAUUCUAUAGCUGUCAUAAAUUGAAUUGUACAAGAACACUAUUAACCAAAAAACUUACAAUUGUGAAAAUGUGGAUUUUAUUCUUCCUGACAAUAGCUUCAGCUAUUUUCAUAUCUCCCAAUGUUAAUAUUCUUAAUCAUAAAAAUUAUUUAACUGUACAGUAUGUUGGCAAGAAAUUUGUGUGAAACUGCUUGGCAGGAAAUCUUUAUCAUUUGGCAUUUUAGCUCAGGCUGAUGACCUUAAAAUAUAGCAUUUUUCCUACCAAAAUAAAUUAUACAGCCAUGAGGUAGGAAAAGUAUAACUACUGAAAUUCCCAAAUUAUUCUUGUGCAUUGUUGUGUAAAAUAAUUAGUUAUUGUAUUUCAUUGGGUGCAUUUAAAUUGCAAGCAGGUGCUUGAUUUAUUUGCACUGUUAAAUUACCUUUUUCUGCAUAAUUGUGUGUUUAAUUGAAUUUGUGACAACCUGUUUUAUAUUUGAUAAAUUCACACAUGUAUAUCUGUCUGAUUAAAAACUGAACCGAAUUUGCUUCAGGUAUCUGGGUUAUUCCCAGUCUAGCACACAGUUUCAGCUUGUCUCUUUUCUUCUGCCAUUUAUUUUGCUGAGAGAGUUGUUUUGCUAAUGGGUUGUGUGUGUAGUACUUGUAAAAUCUUGCUCUGCUGAUUUUAUUUGCCAUAUCCGUAUUGCACAUCUGCAGAGUGGAGACAAGUAACAAAAUAUGAGAUUAAAAAUGUGUUAUUGUAUUGUAGAAUGUAAUUAGUGUAACUUUGCAGCUGGUAAAUAGCUGCUAUUCUCUGAAAUUUUGAAAAUCUUAAUGAAACUAACGUACCAUUAAUAUAAAUAUUGGUUACAUUUUGUAAGUAUAUAUUUGAUACGAGUUUCAUUUAAGAAACAGAAUAGCUUAGAUCAGAGGUUUAAAGAGUAAAGGAAAUUGGGAAGUAUUGCUUGAAGUUGGUUUUAAAUAAGUAAGUGAUGUUUGCAAAAAAGAUUCUGGGAAAGCUAAUAGAGGCUGGUCAGUUACCAAAGAUUGAAAACUGUCUUUCAUAAAUAAGGCACAACUUUGUGGUUCUCAAGCUAUUUGUGGGUGAUACAGACUGGAAGUUUCACAGAAAUUUGAUUGCAUUUGGUAGGCUUCAUGUUCAGUUUUUGAAUACGUCAUAGAGCAGGUUUUCCUUCUAAACAUUAGGCCUGGUAUUGAAUAACAGGUGUUGUAGAAUACCACAGCUCUCUGAAAUUUUGAUUAAGCAGACAUUUGUAUAAUGAUCCCUUUGGGAGAGAAGAAGGGGAGAAACUUCAGGAUUACACAUUAUAACAAAGCUAUUUGCAGAAUGUGGGAAAUAUUUCAUUUUUGCGUAUGUCAGGUUUGUCUUUCUUUCCUUUCUUGAUUGAUUCUCGAACAGAAUGUGUUCAGACAAUGUAACUUAAAAAGCUCAUAAAGUAAAAUUGUACUGCCUCCACUACUUCAGUUCUGUACCUGUAACAAAUCUAUGUUAAUGGAUGUGGGGACCAUUUUGUUGUUGAUUUUUUGGAAUUGGGAAGGUGACACUAUGAGAACCCAGUAGAAGUGAUAAAUUAUUUCAUGUACUGUAGUAUUCUUGGCACUAAUUGUUCCUUGAAUAAAGUCAGGCUAUGACAUAUUCUUCUGUCAGAACUCUCCAUACAAUCUCAGGGGAUGUAUCUUCUACAAAAGCUGUUAUUCAGAAGAGUGUACUGGUCACAGAUAGUCAUCCAAUUUUCUGUGGUUCCACUUUAUAAUGAGACUUAGCAUGCAUUCCAUGCCAUGACACGUGUAAUUUAGACACUUUCAAUGUUUGAAGCUUAAUGUUGUCAAAAAAAUUUGCAGGCUUGCUACACUAUACAAAGGGGUCAAAUAAUUUGAAAUAUUUAACUCUUAUAUGGAGAUAUAGAGACAACUUGUUCUUUUUCAUUUUUAAAUAGAGCAACUCUUCAAAGAUAAAAAUGAUUAUAUAUUGCAGAGUGGUGCCAAGUGUGGUCCUAACUGUGGCAGGAAGUUAGCUGGACCGCAUGUCAAAAUAUAGUUGCAUUAAAAUGUGUUUGCAUUGUUGUUGCCGGCUGCUGUGGCCGAGCGCUUCUAGGCGCUUCAGUCUGGAACCACGCGACCGCUGCGGUCGCAGGUUCAAAUCUUGCCUGGGGCAUACAUGUGUAUGGUGUCCUGCACUGUUGUUUGGUAGUUUAAGCAUAGAAAUAUACAACAGAAAAUGUGACUGCUAGCUGUUAAUUUAAAAUGUAAGAGAUCAGUGCUAACAGUAAAAAUGAUGAAAUAAACAUCUGAGGGGUUAAGAUAUCAAAAAUGUUAAGAGUAAUUUCUGUUGGGUCUUAUCCUGUACAUUCAAUACACAAAGUUACAUGAAAAAUAUAUUUUUUUUCUUUCAUGUAGUUGCCAGAUCAGCUUUAUUAAUAUCCUUUCUUUAGAAAAGAAAGUUUAAAUUUCUGAUGUAGGUAAGUUGAUUGAAAAGCAGUCAAACAUAUUAUUGAAGUGUGUCAAAAGUCUUGUUACACACAGACAGACAUAAACUAAAUUAGUGUGGGGCAAAGUGCAUGCAAGUAGUCAUUAUUUGUGGCUGAGCAAGAGGAAUGUGGUUCCAGGAUCGCUGAUGAUCAUGAUAUUGCGCUGGAAACAUGAGAAGCAGAAGCCACUUUUGUAUUCUGGUACCAGUGUCUUCAGUGACCAUUUGAAGAAUUCAUAACACUGCUCUACUUGGAACAAUAGCAACGUAUACCUUGUUUCUACCCCAGUCUCUUUCUUAGAUGUAAACAUGAUGCUGGUACUUUCACCUGGAUUACAGUUUGCUUGUCAUAUAACAGCUGUCAAUGUUCCUCAGUGAAGCUCCUCCCCAAAAAAAGGUGGGAAAUUUAUGAACUAAAAAGAGAAGGGUACAGUUACAAUGCAGUUUGGGAACUUCGCCAACCAAAUGUUGUCCCUCAAACUGCUCAGUUAGUUAACCAUAUAUGAAAUUAAUUUACAGCUUGUUUUUGGGUACCCACCUGUAAGACCUUUGGCUGUCAUUUGUUUAAGGAAAAAUGUGCCUAGGUAUGAUAUAUUACCACAAAACUGUAGUGUGUACUUAAACAUUUAGUAGUGCUACCCCCCCCCCCCCUCUCUCUCUCUCUCUCUCUCUCUCUCUCUCUCUCUCUCUCUCUCUCUCUCUCUCUGAUUUACAUAUCAGCAUAUAAGAGCACAUUCAGUAGAAGGUUUAAGCUUCGGCAGCUUAGCAAAGAAGACUGAUUUCUGCAGUAUUUACCAGUCACACACACCAUUCUGUUUGACUAUUUUGGGAUGAAGUAAAGAAAAGGUUUUGGAAAGAGACUGAGAAAGUUGUCAGUGUAGGGGAAUAGAAUUUAUAUCCCUUGUCCUGUACAACUUUUUGUUUGAUAUGGUCUUUUCUUAUCUUAGCCAGAAAGAAUGAUUUCACAGUUUCUGAUAUGGGAACUUGAGUGGAAUUUUCAGAACUUUACACCAAAGUACUUUGCAUUUAACUCUAAGAGUAUAUUCUAGAUGUUAAUAGUUAUUAUUUGUGUUAAAAAUAUUUUUGUAACACAUUUUCUUAUGAGACAAGGCUAGUUGUAUAAGUAAGUAGGUGAGCCAAAGAAUAUGCCAGAGGUAAUAUCUUCUGGACGGAGUCUGUGAUUGUGUAGUGAAAAGGGAAAUGUAGGUAUGUGAAGUGUGUUUCUGUGGGUAAUGUUUGGGACUGAUUGUCAUGGAAUUUGUACUACCAUAUGAAAAUGUAAUGUAAUAGCCACAUCUAAAGCUUGUAUAGGAAUUGAGGUGUGUGCAGUAAUGUGUAAAUACAUUAAACAAUGUACCUGUGAGUAGUGGUUACGUCCAUAUCUGUUCAGUCUGGUUGCUGUAGUGUAUUCAAAUUGUCUGAUAGUAUAGUUGGGUACACCAGGCAUAGGGUGUUCAAAUCAUCUUCAUUUUGUACAGGAGUACAUGGAAAAAUACCAUAGUGUGUUCCUCACAAAAGAAUGUCUCAGUUGCAAACUGCUUGUGUUCAAGCUACAAGUCAUCUGCCCAGGUGUUUGUUUUCUGCUGUAAAAACAAAAUUUAUUGGGAUGUCAUUACCUAUAGUUUUUGCCAUGUGGCAGCAUUAUGUACCUUUUUGAGUGCACACUGCCGCAGUCAGUGCAGAGUUGUAAGACACCAAAUACAAAAUGUUUCAGUACCAGCAUGCACAUUUAUUUGGACGAUGAAUACUUCAUUUGCUGUACAUACAUGUUCAUACUAACACUAAAUCAGGUCACAUACCUCCCCACAAUAAUUACUGAGAACACGGUUAUAUUAGUCUGGAUUUACAAUUAUAAUUCCACUUCAAAUAGGCUUAAACAGUAAAUUAGGACAUGAAGUUGCAAGUAGAAAAUUAUAAUUCGUGUGUGCAUCACAUUAAGGUGCUUAAUUCAAACAGUUGUACUUGAAUAACUUACAUGCACAAAUCCUAACAUUGUAUUCUUGAUUCAAACAUUCCAUUUUUUUAAUGCAAUGGUGACAAGUUUGCUCAUGGAUAUGCAUUUAUGAAACAAAUUUAUAUAUGUGUUGUAAAAUUUGUGUGAGGGUAAUUACUUUGUGUAAAGUGGUCCACAAUCUUUGUAAACGAUUGUAAUAUGAAGAGGAAACAUUGCCAUGUUAGAAAUAUUUGCUUCUGAGCGACACAAAAUGUGUGUUGCAUGCUUUUGGCAAUCAUGUUUUGACACUUUCUGUAUGUCAUAGUUUCAGGUGUUUCAAAGAUAUGCUUUACAGUAGUUGGCAAUGCAGUGUCACAGCUGUCUAUUUUUCAUAACCAUGUACUUGUGGUAAAUACAGUCAUUUUCUCAGUGUGUCAUGAAUGCUUAAUUAAAAAUAAAUCAAUGGAAAAAAUAUUA